AUGCAUGUUCAGCCGCUGCAGUCAGCACAGUUACUGGGGGGUAGCCUCAGUCAAACCCCCAGAGCCAAGGCAAAGACCUGCUUCUCCCAUGCUGGGCUCCAGUUCCCAGUCGGCCGUGUUCACAGGCAGCUGCGCAAAGGAAACUAUGUGGAGCGUGUCAGUGCCGGUGCCCCCGUCUACCUGGCGGCUGUGCUGGAGUAUCUGACCGCUGAGAUCCUGGAGUUGGCUGGAAACGCUGCCCGCGACAACAAGAAGACCCGUAUCAUCCCCCGUCACCGGCAGUUGACUGUCCGCAACGACGAGGAGCCCAACAAGCUGCUGGGCGGAGUGACCAUCGUGAAGUUAAGAAAUGGCUCUAUUACUUUUAACUAUAAGUAUCUAUCUAUAUUACACAUUUAAACAACUGGUGUGAUGAUGCGUUGCACUGACAGGAGAUGCCUGGUACGUGCUGUCGCUCAUGAAUGGUCAAACGAAUAUUAGCCUACCGUUUUAAAGUGUAGAGCAUGA